AUGCCUGAUCCACCGCCGUCUUCGAGUGGAAACCCCUCACAGCAAAUUUUCCCGCCGCCGAUGAUGCAGGGCAUACAACCGCCCACUGGCUUAAAACUGUCGGCGAAAGACAAGGCCGUAAACUGGAAAGUUUAUAAACAGAAAUGGGAGAACUACUCUAUCUUAGCACAGCUCGACAAGCAGACGGAGGAAUACAGAGUGGCAUUAUUCCUUUACACAGUAGGACCCGACGCGGUCAAGAUUUACAACAGCUUUGACCUCAGUGACGAAAACCGAUGCAAGCUGUCCGAGAUAAUCAACCGCGAUCAAAAGGAAGGAGAAUCCAUAGAUGACUACGUAGGAGAACUUCGGACACUUGCACAAACAUGCAAUUUCCGCACGUGUUUACACAACACACUCAUCCGCGACCGAAUCGUACUUGGCCUAGGUGAUGGAGGAACGCGCAAACGCCUAUUGAGUCAAGGCAAACUAACUUUCCAAAAGUGCAUCGAGAUCGCGAAAAGCGACGAAGUCUCGAACACACAGCUUAAGAAUAUGGAUCAGACUACACAGGAACCUGAAGAUGUCCAUAAGGUGAAGAUGGAGAGACCGAAGAAACCAGAGCGCAAAUACCCGAAGCAAACGGGCCGAGAUAAUCGGAACCGGAAACCCAACGAUGACAACACAAGCGACAGGCCAUGUGAUUUCUGUGGGCGAAAACAUCGUAAAGGCAGAACCAAUUGCGCCGCUUGGGGCCGUAUUUGUGGAGCAUGUGGAAAAAAAAACCACUUCGCGUCCCAGUGCAGAGCAAGAGAGAAAACACACAAUGUUGAAUUUGAAGAAGACGAAACCAGCGAGGAAGAAUUCCUGUAUUGCGUGACCUCGAAACCAGAGAUGACAGGAACUGUCAACAGCGUCUCGGAACGUGAAAUAUACGCACAGAUGCUUAUCAACGAGAAGCCCAUUAAGUUCCAUAUCGACUGCGGUGCAACCGUAAAUGUUUUGCCAAGUAAAUACGUCAACAAAGAAGAUAUCCAGCCAACGAAACGUGUUUUGCAGAUGUGGAAUAAGACUGAACUUAAACCUGAAGGAAUCUGCCGCGUGACCAUACGCAAUCCUAGGAAUCAAAAGAAGUACUCCGUAGAGUUCAUCAUCGUCAAGGAGAAUCUCACCCCACUGCUAGGCGCAGCAGUGAUACAGCAGAUGGGACUUAUUGAAGUACACGAAGAGAAUUGCGAGAAAAUCGCUGCAGCGAGAGUGGCAAAUACUAAGUCCCAGACAGCACAAGAAAUCAUUGAAGAAUACCGUGACGUAUUUGAGGGCGACUUGGGGACACUUGAAGGACUGCAGCACCUUGACGUUGACCCUUCUGUGCCUCCCACCAUUGCACCAUCGCGACGAGUGCCAUUCGUCAUUAAACCGAAGCUCAAAACUGAGCUUGAUAGACUGACAGACAUUGGUGUACUGGUGCCUGUUGAUGAGCCCACCGACUGGGUGAGCAACCUUGUCAUUGCAGCAAAGGAAUCGGGUGAUCUGAGACUUUGCUUAGACCCGCAGCAACUGAAUAAAGCACUGAAGAGAGAGAGAUACCCCCUGCCUGUGAUAGAUGAUGUACUCCCAAGCCUUGCACGAGCAAAAGUUUUCACGAAAAUAGAUGCCAGAAACGGCUACUGGCAUGUAAAACUGGAUGACGAGUCGAGCAGGCUGACGACUUUUGACACUCCCUACGGCAGGUACCGGUGGAAACGCCUUCCAUUUGGAGUCAGUGUGGCCAGUGAGAUAUUCCAGAAGAGGCUGAACCAAGCACUUGACCGACUAGAUGGCCUGCUGACAGUACACGAUGACAUGGUCAUCUAUGGAGUAGGGGAGACAGAUGAGGAGGCAACCGCUGACCACAACAACAAGCUGCAGCAGUUCUUACAGUGGUGCACAGAGCAAGGAGUAAAGCUCAACAAGAAGAAACUCAAGCUGCUAUGUAAAGAGAUACCCUACAUGGGACACUUGGUCACAGCAGAUGGCCUGAGACCUGACCUAGAAAAGAUUGAGGUCGUACACAACAUGCCCAAGCCAGACAAUGUCAAAGCUGUCAGGCGAUUCUGCGGGUUCGUGAACUAUCUUGCAAAAUUUCUGCCACGGAUGGCAGAGGUGCUAGGACCCAUACAGCAGUUGACACGUAAAGAUGUACCAUGGCAAUGGCAACAUGAACAGGAGGCAGCCUUUGAGAAGGUCAAAGAGCUUCUGACAGAGGCACCCUUGUUGAAGUAUUACAACCCUGGUGAGGAACUCACAGUGCAAUGCAACGCAAGUGAAAAGGGACUUGGGGCUGCCCUCAUGCAGAAUGGGCAACCCAUAGCCUUUGCAAGCCGUGCCAUGACAGACCCAGAAAUACGUUAUGCACAGAUUGAAAAGGAGAUGCUGGCAGUAGUAUUUGCGCUACAGAAAUUUGACCAGUACGUCUACGGUCGCUCAGUGACAGUUCAGAGUGAUCAUAAGCCGCUAGCCGCCAUCUCCAACAAGCCACCCGAAGCGCACCCAAGAGAUUACAAGGGAUGCUGUUGA